AUGUACUCGUCAUCGCUGGUCGGUGAAUUAUUUUCUGCAAGCUACCAUCCAGCAGCAGAGAUUGUUUACAGUUUGACUGCAGCAAUAGCUUUCUUUAUGGUGUUCUUGUCAUUGGUGAACAUAGCAUGCAGUACGAGAAGAAAUCCCGCACGAGGUUCAGAUGAAGCAAUUGCUUAUGUGACUAUGAAGUCACAAAGAAGUCUCUCUUCUGCGGAAUUUUCAAGGGCAACAUCGCCACCUGAAAAAUUGGAUUGGAAGUUCCACGGAAUACGUGAGGCUUCUCGCUCGUUGCGAUUCACAGAAGAUUCUACAAGAAAUCCGCUCCCUGAAGUGUCAGGAAAAGAAAAACGUGUUUCGCUCUCUGUGCGGUUGCCAACGAAGACGAAGGUUGCUGUGCAAAUGCCAGCAAGUGAUAGUCUAUCACUUCCUCGGAGAAAGAAAUUGGUUUAUCGCUAUCGUAGGAAAAAGACUCCCAUUCUUUAUCAUAGACAACCUUCAAGUGUAGAAGCGUCAGGCUCAGCUAGAUCUGGCAAAUCUGGGAGAAACAGCAAGUCAUUGGAAGAUUCUGCUGCUAAGCCAAGGAGGUCUGCUUCGUUAACUAGGUUAAGCGAAUCGAAAGACGAGGGCGGUCAUAGAGGAAGGAAAUUCAAGGUUCCCGAUAAAAUAAGAAUUGUUCGCGCUUGCGACCCUGCUUAUGUAACUUUGGCAAGCCUGAACCCCGACUGCUAUCUCCAACGUGAUACCAGAAAAAUGAGGCCUUGCUAUUGAAGAUAAGAAAAAAACCAUAUUAGCUCAACGAUCUAUCUAUCAAUCAAAAUAACACGAGUUGGACAAUGCUAUUAAAUUGUAAAUGACUGGUUGAGUCAAC